AUGUCCAUCGAGAAUCUUAAGACCUUCGACCCGUUCGCGGAAGCCGAUGAAGGCACCGGCGAGAAGUCCUCAGCGCAGUCCCAGGACUACAUCCACAUCCGUAUCCAGCAGCGCAAUGGACGCAAGACCUUGACCACCGUGCAGGGUCUGCCUAAGAAGUUCGACCAGAAGAAGAUCCUCAAGGUCAUCAAGAAGCAGUUCGCUUGCAAUGGAACCAUAGUCGCUGACUCCGAAAUGGGUGAGGUCAUCCAGCUCCAGGGAGAUCAGCGCAAGGACAUCCAAGACUUCUUGACCAACAAGAAGGAGGGCCUUGGUCUUGAUGCAAAGACCAUCAAGGUCCACGGUUUCUAA